CGACGGACACCUGUAAGCACGCAGACUCCCUGCCGAGCCGGACGCACGGUGCACGAGAAAGUUCGCCGAAAUCGUCGCAGAUCCUGAAGGAUCCUGAGGCGUACUGUCGAUGCGUUUUUCACUCGCGAUUUCAACGAAAGUGAUGCCUAGUGUUUGUGCGCGUGUUUUACAUGCGGCCUCUCGUCUCAUCUUUUAAUUAAUUGUCAAUCACGUUAUUCAAAAGAAAGAAAGUCUCAUAUUUGAAAAUAAUUUGAUCAGUGAAAUUAUUGAAAUUGUUAGAUAUUAAACAUGUUAAUCAUUCAAACCAUAAAUCAUUCAUAUAUAGUUUGAUCACGGGAAUUAAUAAUUUUGGCUUCUUUUAAUAAUUUUGACUUUUAAAAAGUGUAUUCAGUAAUGAUUAAGGAUUUCAUCGAUAAAUAAAUUUAAAAUUCGGAUCAACGAUCUCAAGGAUACUCUGAAGGAGAUAAAAAAGGAACUUUUUAAAAUGCAUUAAAGAUAAUUCUUUUCGAAGCCUUCAUUUUUCUCACAAAGAAAAGAAAAUUCUUAAUAGCGAUAAAUUAAAUGAUGAAGAACGUGAUGAAGAGAUCUCAAAUCUUGAAACGAUUUAUGCAACAUCGAGGGAUGGCUGAUGGUCUUUGAAGAAUAAAAAUCGCAAAUAAAAAUCGUCUUCGCGGUAUUCCGUUAACUUUUUAGAAUGUGAAACGGGAAAAAAUGCAAAUAAAGAAGCUAAGCGGUGCUAAAGUCUGGCUUCUGCUGCUCGUGUUGGUGGUUCAAGAUGGCAGAUGUAUAAAAUGGCUCGGCCUCGGUCACACCAACACGCAGGACAUGUGGACCAGAGAGGCGUGCACCAGUGCAAAGAGCGUGGGUCUGCUGGAAAGAAAGCAAGCAAGAGCCUGCAGGGCUACGCCGGAUGUGAUGCCCAGUUUAGUGCAAGCUGCCAAAGACACAUCUAUAGUAUGCCAACAGGCAUUCCGACAUCGCAGAUGGAAUUGUAGCAGCAUCGAACGCGCACCUGACUACACUCCCGAAUUGCUUACAGGAACGAGGGAGCAAGCUUUUGUUUAUGCGAUGUCGGCUGCUGCUGCAGUCUGGCGACUUGCACGAGGAUGCGCUUUAGGGAGUUUGGCGGCUUGUUCCUGCGCGACUCCACCACGAAAAGAGCCACCUUCACCCUCGGCACUUAUGUCGCCCUCGUCUUUCACUACCAUGUCCGUCUCCUUCGACACGUUAUCCAUAAAGAAUUCUUUUAAAUGGGGCGGCUGUGGAGACGAUGUGAGAUCUGCCUCGAGGAUAGCAAAGCGGUUUCUUCAGGGCGCGGCGCCGCUCGGCACCGGCGCAACCGCCAAGUUUAUGCACGCUAUUAAUAUGCAUAACAACAGGGCGGGUCGAAGGGCGGUCGAGCAAUCCUUGACUCUGGAGUGCAAGUGCCACGGGGUGUCGGGAUCCUGCAGCGUGCGUACCUGUUGGCGCGGUCUGGGCGCAUCGGGACCAUCCGCCGCCGGAAGUCGUUUGCUUCACAGAUACGCUACCGCGGCUGAGGUCAGACCGAAAGGGUCCGGCGGCAGACUACCUCCUUUAUAUCAUCACGACAGUCUACUAUACACCACUAAAAGUCCGGAUUACUGUCUACCGGAUAAGAAGAGGGGCAGCCUCGGCACGAUCGGCAGACAAUGUAAUGGCAGUAGUUCUGGUUACGAGGGCUGCGAAUACCUUUGCUGCGGACGCGGUCACGUUACCAGGACCGAGAACAUCCUGGAGAGAUGCGACUGCAAAUACAUCAGUUGCUGUUAUGUGAGAUGCAAGACGUGCAGACGGGUCAUACAAACGUACGAAUGUAAUUAAAUAUGCGAAUCUGGGACAAUUAAUAUGUACGAGCGGGAUGAAUGCAGCCUUAAUCCACUCGAAGAAGGAAGCACCGAAGGGCUAACGACGGAAUUAGAUCUACAUACGUGCGCGUCACAUGUAACGAUCCAUUCAAUUUAUAUAAAUUAUAUAAACCAAGACCAAAUCAAUUCUAUGAGAUGCGCGAGGAUGUGAAAGUUGCAUCUCGAGUGAGAUUUGCACAUUCGGCGGCAAGUGAAAACCUGAUUUUGCGAGCGAAAAAGAAAAAUGCGACGUUAAUUUAGGCGAUAAAUUAUUUAUCGUGAAUAUAUAACUCAGUACGUAAUAGAGGAGUUAUUUAUAUCAUGCUAUAUUUGCUAUUUAUUCAAUGUAUGUGCGUGUGCAUGCGUAUAUGUGUGUGUGUGUGUGUGUAUGUGUAUCGUGGAAAUUUUAUGUUUGUCUGCACCGCGAAUGAUGAUAAUUUGUUUGCCUCUCGAUAAUCGCGGAAUUAAUGUAAAUUGCGUUACGAAGGGAUCGUCAUAGUCGUCGACAUUUCACGACUUUAAACGUAGAUCAAUGCAAUGUAUGUACAUAGAAUGCUCAAAUUCAAUGUAACCUACAUUCUGCAAUAUAACUUACUUAGAAAUGACAUCUCAAUCUUAUUCAAUCGUUUCCCGCCAAACGAAAAUAAUUUACAUAGCUUGCACGAUGGAAUUUACAAUUUGACACUGUUUAAUUAGAUACACGAUAAGAUUCAAUUUUCAUAGUGGAGAUUUAUGCGUGAAUAUAAAUUAAUCAACAAUAUAUAUAUCGGAUCAGAUCGGUUUAUCGCCGGAAAUAA